ACUGCGUUCAGAAGUGUGAAGAAAACAUAUUGACAUGGGACAAUUCAAUUAAUCAAAAGUGAAGGGACAGUGGGUUUUAUUAACACCAGUGUGAUUGUUUUAGCAGCCCCGUGUGUAGAAAUAACUAUGAUGUCUUUUGUAUGCCGUCAGAGUAUAUUAGCAUUUGCAUGAGGUUUACCAGUGCAGAGAGCAAACGAAAGGAGAGCGCAAAGAAACUGGAAGCUUUUCAGUCCAGGAUGGCUCAUGCAAAGAGGUUUUCUCAAAUCCCCAUGUCUAAGUGCAUGCGAGAUCUCUGUAAAGAGGAAGAUUACACUUUCCUAAACUGUCUUGGCAAGCAGGAUGAGAGGCUGGAGGACAGCACAUGUCUGGAGAGCGAAUAUCAGGAAAAGCAAGAAGAAAGGAUCCGGCAUCGACAGGAGCGUGAGCAGCUGGAACGAGAAAAGCAAUGUGAGAAAGAGGAGCAGCAGAAGGAGAAAGACAAGCAGUGGAAAAGCCAUGUGGCCGAGCUGGCGGUCCAACGCAAGGCCAUCCAUGCAAAACUAGACAGACUACGAGAAUUUAGGGACUUUCAGAAGAAAGUUGUGCUUCAGGAUUUGGGUCUGGAUCCAGGUUCUGAAAAUGAAUCUGUUAAGCACCUUCUGAUGAGACUGUAACUGGGUUUACUAGUAAAUAAUGACAUAAUUAAAGAAUUAAUUAAAG